AAAUCCCAGUCGUCUUCUGAGGCCCUCGUGCGGUCAACACCGCCUUGGAGCGCAGCGGAGCCCUUUAAACUCAAAGAGUUCAAACCGAGGGAGGUCUCUUUGUAAAUUCCCUCAUCUGCGAAUCUCCGUUCAUUUCUCUCCGCCACUGUGAGCUUACAGAAAAUAGACAUCUACAAACGGUAACGUUUCGCCGAGGGGAGAACGAGGGGAUGGGGAGGCAGAAAGGAGAAGGAGCUAGGAGCAAGGCACGUCCAUCUAGCAGCAGUCUCGCUGCUUCUUUAUUGCCGUCUGGUUCCGCUGCAGCCGCCGUAGGAUUUGGCGGCUACGUCGGCAGCUCUCGGCUCGAUUCUUCAAUUUCCAGAGAAGAUACCACUUUGUUUCUGGAUAUAGACGGAGAAGUGGUGCAGCACUUGAAAAGGCUAGCAAGGAAAGAUCCUACCACGAAGCUUAAAGCUCUUGCAUCUCUGUCAGUCCUGCUAAAGCAAAGGUCUGGAAAAGAAUUGAUAGCAACCAUCCCCCAAUGGGCAUUUGAAUACAAGAGGCUGUUGCUGGACUACAAUAGAGAGGUUCGGCGAGCAACUCAUGACACCAUGGCUAAUCUUGUUCUUGCUGUCGGGAGAGAUUUAGCUCCACAUCUGAAGUCUUUUAUGGGACCGUGGUGGCUUUCUCUUGAUUCAAAUUCUGAAGUUGCUCAAGCUGCAAAAAGAUCAUUACAGCUACUUCCCUAUGAUGACAGACUAGUGGGAGAACAUGUAAAAGCCAUGAAGUUAUAUUUGAGUCACUUUGUGCAGCUUGAACAUAAUAAAAUGCCUAAACCUGCCAUUAUAGAAAUUGCAGUAUCUUUUGCUGAAAAAUUGUUAGCUAAUCAUAAAAUAUUUCUAGACUUCUUGAAGUCUCAAAGCCCCAAUGUUCGUGCCGCAACAUAUUCAGUAUUAAGGAGUUUCAUUAAAAACAUACCACAAGCUUUUAAUGAAGGAAAAGUUAAAAUUCUUGCCCCAGCUAUACUUGGUGCUUUCCAGGAAAGAAAUCCCGCUUGCCAUUCUUCAAUGUGGGAGGUCAUAUUGCUAUUUUCUAGGAGAUUCCCAGAAAGUUGGACUUCGCUAAAUGUUAAGGAACCUGUAUUAAAUCGGUUCUGGAAUUUUCUUAGGAAUGGGUGCUUUGGAUCUCAGCAGGUUUCUUAUCCUGCAUUGGUUCUAUUCUUGGAGAUUGUGCCUCCAAAAGUCGUAGUGGGGGAAAAGUUUUUCCUUGAUUUUUUCAGUAACCUUUGGGCUGGAAGAAAUCCAUCUCAAUCCUCCAAUGCAGAUCGACUAGCAUUUUUUCGUGCAUUUAAAGAGUGUCUUAUAUGGGGCUUACAUAAUGCAUCAAGGUAUUCUGAAGGUUCUGAUUCCAUUUUCCAUUUUCAAGUCAGCCUUGUUGAUGAAAUCCUUGUAAAACUUCUAUGGAAAGACUACCUGCUUCCUGUCAACUCAAAAGAUCAGGAUAGUGAAUUCUCUUCAAUGUCCAGGGACAGUUGUUUAUCUUCUCGUAAGACUGUAGAAACACUGAACAUCAAAUAUCCUAUGAGUUAUCUACAAGAGUUGGGCAGAUGCAUAAUUGCAAUUGUUUCAGAUAUUUACUUGUUUAAACAGGAUCUGCUCUCAUCUUUCUAUGCAUCUUUUGAGGAGAGCUGCCUGGUUCUAUUUCAGCAGAAUGAGAAGACAGAAGGACCUUCUCAGAAUGUUUUGUGUGUCAUCGAUUUUCUGUUUUUACUUGAAAAACAUUUAAUUCAGAAAGGUGAAGCUUGGCCCUUGGUUAAUUUUGUGGGACCAAUGCUGGCUAAAGCUUUCCCAAUGACAAAAUCAGCUGACUCGGUAGAUGGUUUGAAGCUUUUAUCAGUUUCAGCUUCAAUAUUUGGACCAAGAAAGAUAAUUCAAGAAAUUUUUAGCAACAACAAUGGACGUCCUCUUAACCUUCUUUCCGAUGAUAAAAACGGAGAAUUUGAUUCUCAAUGUUUUCUUCAAGUUUUCAAGGAAGUUUUUGUUCCUUGGUGUUUGAAUGGAUAUAACUAUUCCACCGAUGCUCGAUUAGAUCUUCUGCUUGCAUUGCUUGAUGAUGAUUGUUUCCCUGACCAGUGGUCUGCUAUUAUCUCCUAUGCAACUAAUUUAGAACAUAAGACAACCAGGUCUGGAUCUGUGGACUCUCAAUUAGAUGUUUUAGCUAUGCUAUUGGAGAAAACAAGAGAAGAAAUUAUGAAAAGAAAGGGACGAGAAGACUCCACUCAUCGGCUAGGCUCUCAUCCUGAUGACUGGCAUCAUGAACUGCUAGAAUCAUCUGCUGUCACUGUUGCAAGAUCCUCUCUUCCUUUCAGAACUUCUGAUAUUCGGUUUAUAUGUGCUGUUCUUGGUGGCUCAAAUGAAGGCGAUCAAACUUCUUUUGUGUCCAGAAACUCGUUGAUUCUGAUCCUUGAGGAGGUUUUCAAAAAGUUACUGUAUUUUAUUCUGGCAUCAUCUUUCAACUCAGUUAAGGAUGUAGGUGCCUUCUUUACUCUUCAGGCAGAUGAUUUGGGGCCAGAAUUAAAAGUAAGAAAUCUUGCAGAUGUUAUCCAGAUGGCUCAAUCUUCAGUGGAAGUAAUUGAUGGUAGCAUCUUCUGUUUAAAGACGCUGGGUAAGGACAGUGAGCUCCUUUCAAGUAUUUCAGCUGCAGUGUUCAUUAUUGACUGGGAGGGUAGCAUGGCAAAAGCCACAGAUGAUAUGCUAGACAGUGGUUCAAAGGAAAAAAUUAAGGCGAGGUUUGAUAUUUGUGACAGGAUCCAUGCAUUCCGUUCUAAGCUAGGUAAUAAAUUCUGGAAGUGCAUAAGCAUUGAUGUUAGGAAAAGAUUGGCGAGUAUCUUGAUCUUAUUUAUCAGGUCUGCCAUCUUAAAUGAGGAUAAACUGAGACCUGAUGCGAUUGCAUCUUUUUGCUGCUUAUGGAUACUUGAAGUACUUGAAUGCCUCUGUCUUGACCAUAAUGAAGAACAACAUCUAUUGGACCUGCUUUUGAGUACGCAGGAUGCAUGGCCUUUGUGGAUUGGCCCCAGCAUCUCAACGAAAUCAACUGUAUGUGCUAGCAACAAAUUUGUUUCUUUAAUCGACAAGCUUAUCCUGAAACUUGGGUUUGGUAGAGUUAUAGCUGGUUAUGCUGAGUGCAUUCCUUCAUCUCCUCUGAAGGAGACAAUGAACAAUAAAGUUUGUUCUCGGGCUUGGCUUGCUGCUGAAAUAUUAUGCACAUGGAAGUGGCCAGGAGGGACUGCUCGAACUUCUUUCUUACCUUUAAUGAGUGAAUAUGCCAAGAGUGAAAAUUACUCAUCACAGGAAAGUUUGCUGAAUUCCAUUUUCAACGUUCUACUUGAUGGCGCUCUUGUCCAUGGAGAAAAGAUUUCUCAGAGUUUAUUUGAUAUGUGGCCUGCUUUAGGUGAUGAGUUGGAUAAUAUUGAGGAACCUUUCCUGAGAGCACUUGUAUCUUUUCUUUUUACCUUGUUUAAAGAGAAUAUAUGGGCAACAGAAGAAGCUAUGGAUGUCUUUGAAUUGCUGGUACAUAAGUUGUUCAUAGGUGAAGAUAUAAGCAUGAACUGUUUGAGAAUUAUCCCUCACACCAUGAGUAUUCUUAUACGACCUUUAUGUCGGAGAAGUACUGAAUCAGGUGAAUACAGUGAAGACGCUCAGCAGAAGGUGCAGGAUAACAUAAAAGGCUGGCUUGAGAGAACUCUCACAUUCCCACCUUUAGUUGCCUGGCAAGCUGGGGAAGAUAUGCAAGAAUGGUUUCAGUUGGUUAUAUCUUGUUAUCCUUUAAGAGCAAUGGUUGAAGUGACAGAACCAGAGAGAAACAUCAGCCAUGAGGAGAGGGCACUCUUGCUUGAUUUAUUCCGCAAGCAAAGACAUGGUUCUGGUGCACCAGGCACUUUUAAUCAGCUUCCACUUGUGCAGAUGUUGCUCUCAAAGCUGAUGGUAAUUUCAGUUGCUUAUUGCUGGCAGGAGUUUAGUUACGAAGAUUGGGAAUUUAUAUUCUUGCAUUUGAGGAGUUGGAUACAAUCUGCUGUGGUGGUAAUGGAGGAGGUCACUGAAAACAUAAAUGAUGCCAUUGCGGAUUGCUCUUAUUCUGAUAACCCAGAUAUCAUGCAUGAGAAAUUUAAGCAGAUCCUGUCGGUUUCUGAUCCUUCACUUAUGAAUAUUUCUAAAAAUGCCCUUGUAUCAUUUUCUUUGUUUUGUGGGCUCGUGGGGAUUGAAGGGGAUAUGAUGUCCUCAAGAACUGAAAGGUGGGAAUCAAUUAAAGAUCGGAUUUUUGAAGGAAUUCUUCGCAUAUUCUUUUGCACUGGCAUUGCAGAGGCCGUUGCUGGGUCCUAUUCUCAUGAGGCUGCAUCUAUCGUAGCAUCAUCUCGGUUCGAUCAUCCAUCUUUCUGGGAGUUAGUGGCUUUAAGUGUUGUUAAGUCAUCUCUAAUCACCAGGGAUAGGGCAGUUAAAUCAGUUGAAUUCUGGGGGCUGAGUAAAGGGGCCAUUUGCGCUUUGUAUGCCAUCUUAUUUUCUUCCAGACCAGUUCCAUCAUUGCAAUUUGCUGCAUAUGUUAUUUUGUCAACUGAACCUGUUUCCCAGGUUGCUAUUUUGGCUGAAGGUACUACUUGCUCCAAUUGUGAUUCUAGUGGUGACCAAGAUUCAAGCAAUGCUGCCUGGUCUUCUGAAGAAAGUGUCCAUUUGAGAGAGGAAAUAUCUUCCAUGAUUGAGAAAUUGCCUUCUGAGGUUCUUGAUAUGGAUUUGACUGCCCAAAAAAGGGUAAAUGUAUUUCUUGCAUGGUCUCUGUUGCUAUCUCAUUUAUCGUUGUUACCAUCAUUAUCACAUCAAUGGGAGAGAUUGGUGCAGUAUAUCCAGGAUUCGGCAAAUUCAGUAAUAUUAGAUUGCCUUUUCCAGCAUAUUCCUUUGGAAUUAUGCAUGGUUCAUAACCUGAAGAAGAAAGAUGGGGAGCUUCCUUCUCACGCAUCAGAGGUUGCAACUGCAGCAACACAUGCCAUCGCGACAGGUUCUCUGCUGUUUUCAGUGGAAUCACUUUUCCCAAUCGAACCACUGAGAAUGGCAUCACUUGCUGGAGCAAUGUAUGGUUUGAUGCUUCGUUUUCUGCCUGCUUUUGUUCGAGGUUGGUUUAGCGAUUUACGUAACCGCUCAGACUCAUCUCUGAUUGAAGCCUUUACGAGAUCAUGGUGCAGCCCUCUUCUAAUUGAGAAUGAAAUCUCUCAGAUAAAGAAAGCCAAAUUCACUGAUGAGAAUUUUUCAGUCAGUGUAAGCAAAUCGGCGAAUGAGGUUGUUGCUACCUAUAGAAAGGAUGAUACGGGAAUGGAUUUAGUUAUUCGCCUUCCUGUAUCUUAUCCAUUACGGCCUGUUGAUGUUGAUUGCAUGAGGAGCCUAGGGAUUAGCGAAGUCAAGCAGCGGAAGUGGUUAAUGUCUAUGAUGCUGUUUGUUCGCAAUCAGAAUGGAGCUUUGGCUGAAGCUAUACGAACUUGGAAACAGAACUUUGACAAGGAAUUUGAAGGCGUGGAGGAGUGUCCUAUCUGUUAUAGUGUCAUCCACACUGCAAAUCACAGCCUUCCUCGCCUUGCUUGCAAGACAUGUAAACACAAGUUCCAUUCAGCCUGUCUCUAUAAGUGGUUCUCAACUUCUCACAAGUCAACAUGCCCAUUAUGCCAGUCUCCAUUCUGACCUAAGGCAUCAAUUUUGAGCUAUAUGAAUUCUAUUUAUGAUUGUAACUCAGACUCCUUUGUACAUACAAGUCAAGGAUUAUGAAUAUGCUGCAUAAUCUAGAUAGCAGAACUGCAAGCUGAAUAUUGAAAGAAAUAGGUAUUGAUUCAGAGAUGUAGGUCAAAAUACAUGUAGAGAUCAAAAGCUGUAUUGCCUUUAAGAAGCUUUCUUGGGAAACCCAGUUACAUCUGCCACAAGGAGAGUUCUUACUUAUCUACAUAUCACAACAAAAAUGAUUACUUUAAAGCAGCACCAUGAAGUCUGCUGGAGGUUGAACUUGUUUCUCACACAUGAGGAGGAGCCAUGUUAUUAUUGUAUCAAAUUUGUAAAUGAUCAUUUAACCAGUCCAAUUAAAUGAGAAAGACUUCAGUUUUGUUUUGUUGAAAUACCUUAUCACCUGUUUGAUGCUCAAUAUUCACCUAAAGUAUUUGCAGGAUGGAUGACGGAUCCGAAAGCUUGUCGAGGCUAAUAGAUUUUGGAUAUGUUGACAUAGAGGUGGAAGGAUUGGGUUGAUCGAAUUGAAACAUUAUAUAAGGUAUUCUUGAUUUUUGAUUUUUCAUCGAACUAGUGUAGAAAUUUUUAAUUUUUCUACUACAAAUUUGGUAUGAAGUUAACGUUACAAGUUUAGCUGA